AUGUGUUCAACCGCCUCCAAGAGCCUUUUCGGCGGCCCGACCUUCUCCUUUGACUCGUUACCUUACCGGCCCAUUGACCAGACUGUCAUCGGUGGAAGCAAGAUGUCUUCCAGCUGUACGGUGGUUGUGACGGAGCAGGUGACGGAGCGCAUCACGGAGCUCAUCUCUUCGCCAACCAUCUACCUCGACGACAGCGGCGACCUGAGACUCUGCGUCGGCGGCGAUGUCGACGAGUACCCGCAAGACUUCGUCGUCUGCUCAAGGGCCCUCGGACGGAGUUCGCCGGUGCUGAAGGCGAUGCUGUUCGGCGGGUUCGCCGAAUCCCGUCCGGCGGCCGACGAUGGCGGCGAGUGGACAGUGGACCUGCCCGAGGACUCGACCGCGGCGAUGGAGAUCGUGCUGAACAUCGUCCAUGGCCACUUCAACCUCGUCCCGGAGAAGCUGCCGCUGAUGCGCCUCUACGACGUCCUCACCAUCACGGAGAAGUACGACAUGACGGUCAUCGUCCGGCCCUGGGCCCGCUCGUGGAUGCAGGCGGUCCGGCACCAAACCGACAAUGCCCACCUGCUCUGCGUCGCGUGGGAGCUGGGCGACGCCGAGGUCUUCGAGACCAUGUUCAAGAAGAUGACGUACGAGUCCAUGAUCGACCUGCAGGGGCGGUUGGUGUUUGGCCACUCGGCGCGGAUCUGGAAGCCCGGGCCGGAAGGAUACAACUUCCCCAUUGACAGAAUCCAGUAUCUGCGACCGCCAGAGGUCUUUGAAACCAUCGCCAAGCACCGCCAGGCCCUCAUCUCCGCCCACCUGGACCACUUUGUCGUCCUGUACAGAUGUCUCAAGGAGGGAUGCCGAUACAUGAAGGGAUACUACCACAGCUCCUCGGACGCAGAGGAGUGCAACAGCAUGCUCCUCGGGUCGCUGGUGCGGUGCCUCGGGAAGGGCAAGGUCGACAUCACCAUGCCCAACCCGUGCGAGUCAUAUCGGGGAAACAUCGAGUCCCUGGAGAAGGCAACGAGCGCCGUCAAGCUUCUGACGAUCCACCGGCCCUCCCCCGCAAACCAGUGCCUAAAACGGAUAGAAGAGGAGUUGGCCAAGGGUGCGGUGACGGCGGCGGAGACGAAAGGGGAGAUGGUCGUCGUCCGGCCGGAGCUUCGGGGAUACCUCGACAAGCAAUCCCAAAAGACGGGCGUCGCGAUUCCUGCAUAA